UGUCAAUCACCAUCUCUCUUGAAACCUGUUGACAUCCAGUUGGCAUCGGACACUGGACUGCACUGGACACAAGAGCAAGAGCGCUGAGAUUAACGCAGUUAGAAUUCGCCGGCGGUCUGGCAAACAGAUCUGAAUUCAAAUUCAUUUUUGGAUAAAAGUUUAAUACUGCUGUUGAAAGUUAUUAACUGUUUUACAUAGUUAUGUUAAAGCAGACCAAGCAUAAGAAAAUGGACUUGGAUAUACGAUACAAGAGCAUACACACGGACAUAUCAAUAUUACAAAUACUCGAUGAAACUGCUCGAGUGAACCCUCUUCCAAUGAUAUAUCAUUUGAUAAAGAAAUAUAAUGAGGAAUUUGCCCAGGAAGAGUGGUCUAUUGGAAAGCUUGAAACCUUUCGCUCAUUACUAUGCUAUGAGUAUCAGCUUACAUAUGGUCCAUCUUGUAGUAGCAAUGAAUAUUAUAUACUACAAGAACUUGAUAUUCCAGACAUUGAAAAUAUUUUUCUCAUCCCAGAAAAGUCAUGGAGUAAAGAAGAGUUGGAGAUGAUGUUAGACAUCAUGAUAUUGCAGACACUUUUGCACUGUUCGAUAGAAAAGUUUAAUGCACAUUUUGAGUAUUUUCACAAACAUAUUGAUAUAUAUAUGAAGAAGAGUCCAGAUGCAAGAACAAUGUGCCUGAAUGUAUUAGGAUAUUUUGCAGACACUCAAUAUUUGCAAAUUAUUCUAAUGGAUCUCAAUGAUUCUCUAAUGAAAGAAUUAGAAGAUCGGGACUCAUUUUUUGCAGAUGCUAUAAGGUUAUGGCUCCAAUUUAAGCAAGACACAGAAUGGGGAUCACUAUUGAUGCUUUUACCAAAAAUUAUUAAUACUUGUUCUUCUGGUAUUAUAACGUCUAUACUUUGGAAGUUCAUAUUAAAUGAUCAAUAUGAUCUGAAUAGUUCACUUACAACUUUCUGUAUCCUAGCUGAUAUAUUUUUUCCUUUAAAUCCAGAAGAUGCUACACAAGAGCAUAUUGAUCAAUAUAUUGAUACAAGAUUUUGGACACUCAUCUUAAGUGGUUUAAAGUCUCCAAUUGAGCAAAAUCGCAAGCGAGCUUUAUACCUUAUGAAGAGAGCCAUGGACUUUUUGGAAAUUCAUGAAAAGGAGCUAAUAAAUGCCAAACAAUUCUGUGAUAAGCUUUCUGUGCCUUUUCUUUGUGUACGCAAAAAUUCUUCAUUUGUGUCAAUCGAUAUAAUCAGAAAAAAUUUCUUUCUACUCAUGGAAGCACUUGAAGAAAAACAAAAGCAUUUGAUAAUACCAGCACUGCCUCUUAUAAACAGUCUAAUAGAUGGAAAUAUAGAUCACAAGUCAUGUGGAAAUUGCUUUGAUACACCCUGGCUGCAGUGUAUCAUGGAAAGGGCAUUACAUCAUGAAAACAAUGCCAUUGUAAAAUGGGCUCUUCUGCAAGCAUUCAAAAUGGAUCUGGAUAUGUACAAUGACAAUUUCUUAGCGGUGAUAGUGAACGUCCUUAACAACACCUUCCUCUAUGAAUAUCAGAAACCAGAUAGACCACCAGAAGUAUCCGAACAAUUAUCCACACUUUUUACUCGAGCAGAAGAGGCAGAGUGUAAUCUGGUAAAUAGAUUUAUUGUACUCAUUUCAAAAGUUUCAUGGGGACCUAUUGCCAUAUAUCAUGUAUCAUAUGCAUUAAGCUCAGUACUCAGUGAUACUCCUGUACAUAAUGUAUGGAAAGCUGAACAACUAAGAGCAGUCAAAGAAUUAGCGGAAACGAGCUUGAAUAUGCAUUCUCAAACGCUAAGAGCUGCCUCGCAAUUACGGAUUCUAAUGUCCCUUGUCUACAAUACACAAGCAUCUCUUGAUUUGGAAUUAAUUGCCAAUACAUUAGCAGCAUUUCCAGAGGGUGAGGCUCUGGCUCGUGGAGCACCUUCUUGGAUUCUAAUUACAAAUUGGCUAAAAGAGUUUACCCGUGAAUCAACUAUUAAUGAAUUCUUUGAGAAAAUGGAGAAGAUAUUUAAAAAAAAUUCUGUACAGAAUUCCAACAUAAGGACAUUUACAUUAAUGAUUAUGCUCUUGCAUGAUGCUGAUUUAAUAUUCAGCAAUACCCAGCACUGUGAGAAUUGUGCAAGGCGAGUACUGUCUACAUUAUUCAAUACACUAGUUGGUAUUGAUAAUAGACCUUACGCUUUUGCUGAUUCCACAAUGAGGAUCAUAUAUCUUAUGAGUUCAUUAUUGAAUAUGUGUACACUGGAAGAGGAUCAAAUAAUUCGCAAAAUGAUCACACCAUAUCUUGACGUUAUUUUGAGAUUUAUACAGAAAAGCGUUAGAAAUACUCUCACAUUAUCCACCUGUGAUGAUGUUAAUAAUUAUAUACGGGUAGUGAAGACAUUUCUUAAAGCGAAAGAUGAGCUGGCAAGUUGUGGUUUUAAUAGGCAUAUAGAAGAUUUUGAAAAAGACGCAAUAGAAAUAAUUAAUGGUCCUGAAGUGUACCAGCCUGUUCAAAGAUUAUUCGCAUUAUACAUAUUACAGUAUUGUUACAGCACAAAGAAUGUACAGUAUAGAGACAUAGAAACUUUACUUAAAACAUAUAGUAUCAGAAGUAUCUAUGCUUUAAAGACUCAUGGAACAACCUCUACAGGUAGACUUGCUUUGGAAUGUUAUAAAGUCACUGCACUAUUGAUUGAUAUGUAUCUUGAUACUGUACCAGUGGUGUCCUGGGUAAAAGUCAAUUGGCUGGAGCAUGUAGAAUAUAUCUUCGAACGUGGCGGAAAAGAGGUCAUUCCUGAAGUGCUGAGAAUUUUAAGUAAAUUAAUUAGCAUAAAAUAUAAAACGGUAGAUAAAUCUACUGUAGUCUCGUUACUCGAAUGUAGCUGGAAAACCACUUUUGAGAGCAAGAAGAGUGAAGUUUAUUGGCAAGCUGUUGAAGGAAUGGUUGAAUUCCUUAUGAGACCAAGUUUCUUCAAAUCUAAAAUCUAUGCUGAUACUUCGAUGGAUUGGAUUAAUCUUCUAAUGCGUGAAGGAGAAAAUGUACCAAAACUCAAGUUAAUUUUUCUUGAUUAUAUGACUGAUCGUUUAGGUGCAGAUUAUGUCAAAGUCUUUCCUGAAGCGGUAUUCUCUUGUCUGCUACAUGGUACUGUACCUCGGCGUGAUCAAAGAAUUGAAUUGCAGACUUGUACUUACAUUGCAAAAUAUGUCAGAAAGUGUUUUGUGGAUGAAGUACCUAUAUGGAGCUACAAUAUUGAUACUGUUAUCAGAGCAAAAUCUACAAUUCUGUUGUGCAAAGCAAUUUCAACAGACUCAGAGGUUGGAGCAACGUUCUUAUCAUUGGCUGCUCGUAGACUAGAAAGUUUUAAAAAUAAACGAUAUUUUGGUGAUUCUCACUUGCAUAGAAUAAAACAUCGUAUAAUGCAAGUGUUUCUGUUAAUAGUACCUGUACUAGAUGAGGAGAGUAUUAAGUGUUUGCACGAAAUUAUUCGAAAUGACAUAAUGUCUGAGAGUAAUCAGCACAGCGUUAGAUACAUGGAAGAAUGGUUACUCAUUCUGAUAUAUACGAAUUAUAAUACCAUGGUGGACUCCUUAUGGGAUAUGUUUACCCAGGGACAUUUUAAUCGACCUAGCUGUUUAACUUCUGCUGCUAGUAUAGCAUAUCAUGUAGCACGAUUUUUACCAAAAUUAGCUCAAACAGAUUUCCUUUAUUCAGCUAUUUCACAUAUUAUACCGUGUUGCAUGGGACAACAGUUCAACGUACGUCUCUAUGGUCAGGUAGUCUUGGUAAAAUUGUAUGAAUUGCUAAUAACCGUAACUGGCCCAAAUACUCCAGCUAAAUUUGAAGGUCUGCAAGAUGCAGUAAUUAAAAGUCUUCAGUAUGGAAAUAUGAUGAAAAAUUCUGGGCAACUGCAACAAGAUUUUUAUUUUACUAUUUUUCAUCCAAUGGAUGACUACAGUCUGGAAACUAUUUAUAAAGAAUUGCCACGGCUUGCGAAUAUUAGUAGUGACGAGUGGAUUUCGCCAGAAUUGUUUAAAGCGCUCAAAUUUACAAUGUUUAAUAGACAUCCUAUGAAACAUUGUAAUCCUACCAGGUCACUCAGUGCGUCACCAGUAUCCCCACAAAUGUUAAAAUCCUCUCAUGCUGGCACGUUCACAUCAGAAGAUAUCGACAUAACUACUACAGGUACCUUAGAUAUGCAGAAAAAAAUUACUCCGUGGAAAUCAAUGGCACCACUGGAUGAGGAACUUUCAGAAAUAUCACAACUAUCACUAUCUCGAAAGAAGAAUAAUAGCGAGGACGGUAUUAUAGUUGUGGCCUCGCUUGUUGAUCGGCUACCUAAUCUUGGUGGUUUAGCUAGAACUUGUGAAAUUUUUGGAGCUAAAGAAUUAGUUAUUUCAUGUUGUGAACACACACAAAACAGAGAGUUCCAGAGUUUGAGUGUAUCCGCGGAAAAGUGGAUCACGGUUACAGAGGUAAAACCACACCAGUUGCAAAUAUAUCUGACAGAAAAAAGAGAUUUGGGUUGGGAAUUAAUUGGUGCAGAACAAACAGCAAAAAGCAUAAGUCUUCCUAAAAUGAGAUUUCCGAAAAAGACUGUGCUGGUGCUGGGCAAUGAAAAAGAUGGCAUACCACCUAACUUAAUACCACUCUUGGAUGUUUGUGUCGAAGUACCACAAGUUGGUGUAACACGAUCAUUGAAUGUCCAUGUUACAGGUGCCAUAUGCUUGUGGCAAUACAGUCAACAAAAUACUUUUACAGAAUGUGAAACAUAAUUUAGGAUACUCAUGUACCCACAUGAGACAGAGAUUUGCCUAAUAUGAUUAAAAUAUUUUUUAUACUUACACGCUUUUGUGAUAUUCUAAUAGAUUACCGAAAUGUAUUAAAACAAAAAAAUACAAUAAAGAAUAUGUUCA